AUGAAUUCAGCCCCUUCAUUUAGGAACAACUCCGACCAGUAAAUGCGAGAUGUCCUUUAGCUGAAUCAAAAGCAUCAGCUUCGAAGUUACAACGAGGAUGUGGCAAUGAUCCAGUAAGCCAAAGAUGCCAUAGUAUUGAUCCCCUCUUAUUUAAGUGUAGACUUCAAGUGUGCACAUGAGUAAUCUAUUGAAGGACAGGAAAGAUCAAUACGACAUCGUAUUGACUUAGCGGAAGUACCUUUGGAAACAGGAAGAACAAGUCUAUAAUGAAAUUGAUCAACUCAGAGAUAGUCAUAGAAGAUAUCAAGAGAGCGUGAAUCGUUAUGGAAUUCGAAAUAACAAUUUGGAAGCAGAAAUACAGAGUAAGUUCGAGUAAGUGAAUUCAAAACUUAAUUUCAUCCAAGAGGAAAAGAAGCAAGUCAUAAAAAACUUCAAUCUAAUUUAACAAUCUUUAGUGAAUAGCAAAUCUAAAUUGUCUAGCAAUGGGCAAUUUGUUAUUGAAAGCAAUUAACAAUAUGACAAAUUGGUAGAUUUCAUUCACAAAUAAGAACAGAAGGUUAAAUAUUUAAAGAAUGAUCAAACUAAUUUAGCUAUUAAUUAACUCAUACCAUUUGACUCAAAACUCCAAUAAAGUAUGCAUUUCAAAUAAAUUUUAUUCAGUGGCUCAAGACACAUAUGAAAAACAGCAAAAAUAUGUAUAUUAAGGAACUAAGUUCUAAGGAAAUGAAUUGCAAAAAAUAGCAGCAUUUAGCACAUUGAGAAAGAAGAUUGAAUAACAUGUACAAAAAAAGGGAUUUCAAGAAGUCAUCUUGGAUUUACCAUUCAAAUUAGAUGAAAAAUAUGAGAAAGAAAACACUAAAGCAAUACCCUACGAUUCCACUCUGCAAGAAUUGGAUGAAUUUAGAAAUGACUACAUUGCUAAGGGAGGGAAUGAUCCUAAAUUUCUAUAGGAAAUCAAUGAAUUGGAGAGACAAUAUAAGGAGAAUCACCCUCUUGGAAUUUUUGAUGCCAAUAAUUAAAUGACUCACCCUAAAAAUACAGAUUAGGUGUCUUAGAAUCCCAUAUUCUCGUAUUUGCCUCAACAGUAUCAGAAGGAUAUUUUAGAUUUGGAGUUCAAACUCAAGGAAUAGAAAGAGCCAGAUCUGAAGAAUCCGUAGAUGAACAAAUAAUUGUUAAGAUCCCAAUUAAAUGUGAGUGAUUCAAGCAAGGUUGAUGAAAUCAUAUUGGAAAAUCUAAGAUUUCAAGAAAGUGAAUUACUAUUGAAAUCUAAGAAUAAUGAAUAUUACAAAUUGAAAUACAAUGAAAUACAGAAAUUGAAGUAGAUUCAUGAACACAAUUAUUUGGAGAAGAAAGUGCAAGAGUAAUUGGCUUUAAGGUAGAUUGAAGAUGACAUGUUGAAUUUAAAAGACAAAGGAUAAGCAAAGCUAACCUAUUUAUAGUAGUUAUAGUAAGGCAUUGGUACUAGGCCUUUGUUUUAUGAUCAAGACACUGGAUUUGUAGUAAGAAUUGACUUUGUUAAUAAGUUGCCUAUUUGUUAUGAUUUUGUCAAAGUAGGUUAUGGCAUAUUUAUAAAGAAGUAUUGAUUAUUUCAAAUAUUUGAUAGUGUGGAUGAGCCAAAGGUAAUAAUGAACACAAAUUAACAUGAGUGUGUAAAUGAGAACAUAUACUCUAAGAAGUGUGUGAUCUAAGAGAAAUUUGUAGAGAGGAAUCAUGAAAUCUUCAGAGAUACAUAUCUCUAUAUAGUGUUAUGGUGUUUCAGUCAAGAUUUUGGUAGUGGUAUGGUUCCGAUUUAGGUUGGUUGGUCAAUCCAUAAACUAUUUGACGAGGAGAAACUAAUGUCAGGAGGGUACUUAUUGCCCAUUUACAAUUCCAGUUUUGCAUUUGAACUUUAGAGAUUGCCUGAGGUUUAAGAAAUUAAGAUAGGUUUGAGGAUAUGUUUACCAGGUGAUGAGAAUUUGGAUUUGGAUAAUAAAAUAAUGAGUCUGAUGGAUUAUAGAGUACAACCAAUUCAUUUGAAAAAGCCAGAGUUAAUAGAAUAGGAAAGAUAAAACAUAUUUAAAGAAUAUAAAAUUAUUCCACUUCCUGAAGAAUACAUUCAGGUUAGAACAAAUGAAACAAAAUUAUGGCAAUCUGAACUUCCUCCUAAUGUUUAUAAAUUGAUCGAUUAUAAUUUUAUGAACGAGGAAGAAGUAGCCUUAAAGUAAUAGGAACAGGAGUACGAAGAAAGGAGAAUGAAUAGACUAAAUCGUCCCAAAAGAAGAUUCAUGGGAAAACAAGGUACAAUAGCAAGAGGUUCUUCAGAGAAAAAAAAGACUAUGCUUACAUUCAAGUAAAGGUUAGCCUUGAAAAAAGGGGCAGUUACACCAGCUAGCACAAAGGCUAAAUCUACAGAAAAAGAAUAGUCAUCAAGACCAUAAAGCAAAGCAGAUACUUCCAGGAAGAAGAUGGAGGAAUCCACUACUACUAGAGUGUAAGAGAAAUAAAAGAGUGCUUUGAUUCCAAGUAAACCAAGAAAGUUGAUGUUCAAAUUACGAUCAUUGUCCCAAAUUUACGUUGGGGGUAUCACAACAUUGACAAUGAAAUUAGCACUCUUCUAAGGUAUUCAAUUAUUGGAUGAUGAUGAUAAAAAUAUGUGCGUGUUUAGUAAAGAAUUAGAACCUGAUGAAAAGGGAGACAAUUACAUUAACUUUAAUGAAUUAUUUACUUUUGAAUUGAACCUAACUCAGUAUUUUGAAGAUUAUGAAGAAGCUGAGAUUCUGAAUACUUUUUUAUUCAUAGCUAUUUUUAAGGAAGUAACUAAUUUAUUUGGAUGGCAUGCAAUUCAAGCUUUUGACACUUCCGAUGAACAUUUCAAAGUAAAGAGUGGUAUCUAUUAUGAAAAUUUGUAUGGGCCACCAGGAUAAGCUCCACCUUUUAAUUUCAACAAGGCCAAACGAUUGAAUACUCAAAUCAAUUUUAUUAUGAUGCAAGACGAUGAUCGUGUAUUACAAUUGCCAACCAUAGAUAAUUAUAAGCUUGAUCAAAAAUGUAAGACUAAUUUAAUAUACAAUUUUAGUAUUGACAGAAGAAGACAAGGAAAAAAGGAAGAAAAUAUAUUCAGUUGCCAAUCCUAAAUGGAACACUCAAAUACGUUUAGACGUCUCCUCUUUUAGAAAUUUCUAAUCGAAAGAUGAAUUUAUAAUGAAAACCAUAGUUAUCGAGGAAGAAAAUAUCAUUAUCGAUGCCAUAGACAGAUAAUGCAUAAAAUUCGAUCAUGUCUAAUUAUUUGAGGGUACAGGCAAAGGGGAAUUUAUUGCUAAUCAUUUAAUCAUAUUGAGGAUUGGUACUAGAUAUUUAGUGGAUACAUUCACGACUACUUUUAAAAAGUUGAAUUAUCUAUUUAGUUUCUUCAUCAAAUAACAAAUUGUAGGAGUGUGUAAAUUCCCUCUCUUUUCAGCAGGAGGAGCAUUAAAUGUUGGAUCAUAGAGAUUGAUGGUUCAUGAUCUAGAUGAUAGUGGAAAGAUUGGUAAGAAAACAACUAAAGAGAUGUAUAUUUUCAUUUAGGAGGAAUAAUUGAAUUUGAAGGAUAUAGAGGAAACUCCAAAAUAUGCCCAAUAAACCAAAGAAUAGAAAAUUGUUAAUAAGUAAGAUUAGAGUAAAUACUUAAUAAUUGAAAUCGAUCAAUUAACAGAUUACUUAAGUUAAGAACCGAUUGACUUUACUAUCUAGGUGUACAAUGGAGAGGAACCAGCCAUGGAUUCAGAUGGAGUGAUAUGUGCGUAUACAAGUGUUACUCCUUUUUAACCUAAGCCAAAUUAUUCAGUACCAAUUAACGAGGCAGUUUAUUUCAAGAUGCCAAUAAAUGCAAUCAUUGAAAGAAAACAGGGUCUGGAAAAUUAUUAAGUUUUUAUAUCCUUUUCAGAUUUAGGAUGGAUUAGUUUUUAGUUAUUCUUAAAUGGAGAAUUAAACAGUUCUGAUUUUGUUGGAAAAUUAUUUAGAGGCGAUGUACCAGCCCCACCUGUUGAUUACACUAAUAUGAAGAAAAUUAACACGAAGGUGUCCUACUUUGUCAAAUACGACCUGAAACAAACAGAAGAGUUUAGAAACAGUCAAAUAGAAGAGAGUAGAUCAGGACUUAUGAAAAGUGAAACUCAAAAGAAUUUAUAGUCAAUUCCAAGUGAAUAGACUGCUAAAAUACCCUCUAGAAGAACCAUGAAUUCAAAUGAUAAUUUAGAUAAAUUAUAGGUAAUGUUGAUAAAUGUCAAUGGAUUUGUAAACCAAUAAAAAUUGUAAGUGAAAGGAAUUUUCUUGAUGGAUGGCAAGACAUUAUUGGAUAAAUAUAACACGUCUUGUUCCUUUAAGAGUGAAAUGGUCGACAAUGUAAAGAAGGUGGCAUUCUUUAACAAUGCUCGUUUUACAUUUUCAGUGGAUAUUCCUACACUAUAAAUGGAAACCUAUCUAUUUCUUUCCAUUCUGGAUGAGAAGGAAGUUGUGAUCGCAUGGUUUGGAAAGAGAUUAGUUUAGGCUGUUGGGAAAGUAAAUAGAGGACAACAAUUUGAAUAUCUUUUUGCUCCUCCUUUGAUGAGACCGCCAUUGGAUCAUAAUUAAAUAUAAAACCUAUAACAAUCAAUUUAAUUUGAAGUGAAAUGA